AACCCCUUUAUAUGCACAUAACGUGUGAGAGAGGGAAAGCUGCUCGCAAAGGGAGAUGAAUACCGCUCUCUCUCGUCUGAAUGCUGUCUUUGCCUUUAGUCUGUCGGUUCUUGCGUCGUUAACUUUCCUCUGUUUCCUCAGCACUGCUUUUGUGGACAAGACAUCCUCCCCAUCAAUAUCUGUCCACCCUGAAGUUAUCCUGAGAGGUGCACAUGAUUUUGGACUGGAUUUGAAAGAUUUGGCGACACUGAAGUUUGAUCUAGGAGCUAAUUUGUCCAGCCUUUUUGAUUGGAACACAAAACAGUUGUUUGUGCUGGUGACAGCUCAUUACCGGACCAGGAACAAUGUGAGAGUGACUGUUGUCGAUGUGUUGCCUGUCACUCAUCCCCUCCCCCAGCCUCGAAACCAGGUGGUUCUGUGGGACCGUAUCAUCAGGAGAGGAGACUCCGCAAUCCUUGACCUGCGCAGUGCCGCUACCAAAUACAACUUCUUUGACGAUGGUCGAGGCCUCAAGGGAAACCAGAAUAUGACUUUGCAGGUGUCGUGGAAUGUGGUUCCAAUUGCUGGUCGUCUCCCACUAAUUUGGUCUUCACAAUACUCCCUCCCAUUCCCCAACUCUUACUAGACACUCAUCACAACUCAUGUAUUAGCUAAAAGUACAGAAGAUGGCAAAUGGUGGAGGUGCAUGUGUGUGUGGGUGUGGUCUGUCACGUGAGGUUUCUGCACUGGUAGAAGAGGAUGUAGCCAGACUCACUAGCCCCAGUUCGCUGGAGUUGCUGUGCAUCAGUCAGACCAAAGUAAUUCUCUAUCUCAUGAGGCUCAAUUUCCUGUAGAGAACACCACCACUAACACAAUGUACACUCUUACAGUCUAUACCUCCACAAUAUCGUCGUCAUAGAGCAACCAGAACCCAUGGCUCUUGACGAUGGUGAUAUAAUGGCCUCUGUUUGGCCCACUGCCACAGUGAACCACCACUGCUAUCAGAUCGUACAUGUGGUCUGUGCUGUCAGCAUCUCCUGA